AUGCCUGUAGAACAGCAAACCCUCUUUCGUGCUCGUGACAAUGGGAAUGGGUCUGAUGUGACUUCAGUUUCCAUUUCUAAAGAUGAAUCAUUUCAACGUCCAGUGACAACUGGAAUCAUUGAAUUGACCAAGAAUUCAAAAUACUGUGUUUCGAGACUCCCAGCAUCUCCUUCAGUCUUAGGGAGCGAUUCCCAAGAUACAUUGAAUGGGUAUGCUGACCACUUCUCGAAUUAUUCGCUUGUAGUAAGCGAUACUACAAUUAAUGUAUGGAGUUAUAAAUCUACCGAUGCAACUCCUUUAUCGAUUCAAUUCCCUGUAACUCAAAGCAGUUUACCCUUGGCAAUUUUAACUCGACCAAUGAAUGCCACUACCGAGGACCCUGGUUUGGCCAUAAUUGACUCCACCUCUGGUCAUGUCAAAUUUUAUGAAAGUGUGCAACAUGCACCAGCAUUAGGGUUAAUGAACAAUAAGCUGUUGGAACUUACUAUUCCAUUAUAUGAAGAUGAGUAUAUAACUUUGGCAGAAAACGUUGAGCCAGCUGGAAUUGUUGUAGCUACUUCAUUGAAGAGAUGUGUGUUGCUCAGUUUAAAAGAUUACUUGAGUAAACCAAAGCUUAGUGUCACUGAACUCCUUGCUCCUCAAUCAAAAGGAGGUAUACUUUCAUACUUCACUGGCGAAAAGAUCAAUACUAAUUCUGGAGUUAUGGAUGAAAUCGUCAGUAUUCGUUCCUCGAAAUUGUUGGAACAAGGUCUGAUUCAAGAUAUAUUUAUCCAAGAUUCAGUUGGUAAAUUUACAUUGAUUAGAAUUCAACUACACAGAGGAGCAAAUGGCUCUGUUUAUCUCGAUAAAAAGAAUUCUUAUCAACAAUAUAUCUCUACAUAUUUGGAAAGAAGUAUGGAAGGGUAUCUUCCUGGUAAAUCCUUAAAUGUUAGUGUAUUGGACUUGUGGCCUCUUUUAUCACAUGAGCAUGUAUAUAUAGCUCUCUGUUCCGUCGACCAACCUUCAAAUGAUCUGAGCUUGAUAUUGGUCACAUUAAAGAUCGAUAGCACUGGUGUUCUUCUCUAUGGAACCCAUAAAUUAAACCCAAUGGGAGGAGAACUGUUUUCUACCACGACUAACAAACCUCGUAUGUUCUUACCAAGUCCUGGGACCACUGCGUUUGUUGUUAUUGGUAACUCCGUCAUUCUUACUGAUGUCAAUCCUUCAUACAUAGAGUCACGCACAACUGUACAAUACUACACACCUAGAUGGGAAGACACCAUUAGAUUGAGAUCUUCUAUACAAAUUAUUGGGCAAGGGUAUGAAGACCAGGGAGUCAAUGCUAAUCCUGCAAUUGUUCUUAUUACUAAUGAUUGCGGAGUAUUAAGAAUUGAAAGAUUUUCUGAUAAUGAUGAUGAUGAUGAUGAUGAGGCUGGUGAUUCUUCCAACGGUAUGUUGGGAAUACAAGAUGCUGAAGAGCCAAUUUCAAUCAUAAAGUCACAUAUUGAGCAAGCUAUAUUUUAUGCUGACUCAUCAGCCAUUGAAUUUGACUUAGAUGAAGAUUUCCCUGAAGAUGUUGUGACACUUGCAGUGGUUCAAAUAAUAGAUGCAAUUCUUGAUUCUUCAUCUCCAUAUUUACCAUCAUUCUUACCUUCAGUGAGUGACUUUUUGGUCAUGAAAUCCAACUUAUACCAUAAGCUUAUUGUGUAUGUCAAGAAGAACUUUGAACUCUAUUGGGGUAAUAUUGUCCCACACAUUGUGGAACGUCUCGAGAAAACAGAUGUGGCAUACCAAUUAUGGGUAUAUUUAGAUGGUAAGUCACAUGUUAAAUAUCAAGACAUUUUAAAGAAUGUUGUUAUAGGACUUGGUGAUUCGACUUCUACCGCUAGUGAUCCAAUUCGCAAAUUUUUUUCACAUGAUGUUGUCCGUAUUAAUGAAGUUUUAACAAAAUUCAUUGUAAAACUUAGCGAAGUGGAUACUCCUCUUUCAUUCUUACUGGAACUUCUUGUUAAGACUAUGUACGACGGGGUUUUCAAUAAUGAAAAGGAAUAUAUAUUAAAUGAACUGGAGAUUCAACCACGUCAAUCAUGGAUUUUCGAAACUGAUUUAAUUAUCAAGUUUGAAGAAAUAUUUAGAAAAGUUUAUUGCAAUGGUGGUGAUGAAAUCUCAACGGAAACGAGAAAACAAAAUGUUGAGCAAUUAUGUGAAGUAUUAUAUUACUUUGUUACUAGUGCUGUUCAAUUUAUGCAACUACAUGACAAGGACCAAUUAAGAGAAUAUUUGUUGUGGUAUAACAAAAAUAAACCACAAUGGAUCAAGGCACUUAUUGACCGCGGUCUUUAUUCGGAAGCCAUCAAGAUUUGUGAACGUUAUCAUGAUCUUCUGUCAUUAGUAGAAGUGUUGGAGCAUCGUAAAAACACCGAAGGUGAUUCUCCUCAACUUCGUGCAAUGUACGAUGAGUACUUUGAGAACUUUGGCUAUGAGUUUGCAUCUAGCUUAUAUAGUUACUAUGUGAAGAAGGAUGAAAUCCAAGCUCUUUUACUUGGAUUUGAAAAUUAUAGAGAGUUUGCGAUUAGAUACUUUGAAGAAAAUCGAUCCAAAACUAGUAAAGUAUCAUGGAUUCGUUACUUUUUAGAUUCUAAUUUUGCUGUUGGUUCUUCUACAUUGAUCGAAUCUGCUAGUGGUACUGAUAAUUCAGAGAACAAAGAAUUGACUUACUCAUUAGCCAAACUAUCUGCUAUUGCUGCCCAACAAAAUGGUUCAACUCCUCAUUUGGAAGAGAUUGUUACUGAUGCAAACUCCAAUUUAAUUCAAAUUAGAAUUCAAAGAGAUCUUUUCACAGAAUUACUGAAGGAUAUUUCUGGCAAAGGUGAUUUAUUCUCUGUUGAAUAUGUUAGUAAGAAUUUCAGAAAUGAACAAGUGGACUACACAAUAUUUAAUGAAUUAUUAGAUAUUCCUAUUAAAUUACUUGCACAAAAGAAAAGUUUGAACUCUACACAACUUAUUAACGUGUUGACUUUAAUUAAGCCUAGUGUUAGUUCAGGUAAAAACUUUGCAAAUGCGUUGAGGAUCGCUUCAUUACUCACUAAUGAAUCGACAUAUAUUCAACAAACUAGACUCAUUUGGCUCCGUCUUCUUACAUUGACCGAUGAAUGGUCUAGUUUGACGGACACUGCAAACCGUACAGAUGAAAGUGUUAAACACAAGAUUGCCAAUAGUGUGUUGUUCAAGACUUUGAAAUUAGUUGGUGUCGAUAAUAAUCUUGUGGACCAAUUGAAUGUAAUAUUGCAAGACGCGAACAAUAGUAUUGAAGUGGAUGAAAAAUUGGCUAAGAAGUCUCUUGAAACUCUCAAUAGUUUCUUGGAAUUAUACUCCUUGCAAUCAUGGGUAGAAUCCAUUAAGCAAGAAGUAAGAUCUUCAAAUAAGGUAUAG